CUACUGUUAGUUGUCUCUAUCUUCCUCUCGCUAUUUCUUCUUGAUUACCACACCUUCUGAAUUUUCUUCGGAGUCCUCCAAACUCUUACCGUAUGUUUUCGCCAUCUAGUUGUUGAGCCUGAGAAUAUCAUACGGUGGGAACGUCAUUUUUUCUGUAUUCUUCGUUUGCUCGACCCGACGAUAUACAAAGUCGUGUGAACCACAAUGGAAAAACGGCCGCAACAAGAGGUCAGCGGGACUGAGGGCAGUCUGGAAGGAGGCUAUUCCGAUGUUGAUAAGAAGCGGGAAAAGAAGCUUCUGCGCAAGAUUGAUUUGCACCUGAUGGUCCCUCUCUGGGUUAUUUUUGUAUUCGGUUUUCUAGAUCGAAUAAACCUAGGCAAUGUCAGUGUCUUGGGGAUCCUCCAAGAAUUGCACAUGACAGGGACAGACAUGAGCAUUGCCAUGCAAAUCUUCUUUGUCCCUUACAUUCUAUUGGAUAUUCCAAGCAACAUUAUCCUCAAGAGAUUUGCACCAUCAACAUGGAUUUCUAUAUUGACUUUCUUUUGGGGGGUCACUUGCAUGUGUCAAGGAGUUGUCAAGAAUACAUCUGGUCUGAUUGCUUGUCGUUUCUUUAUGGGAGCAAUGGAGGCCGGUUUCGUACCUGGUUGUGCAUAUCUCAUGGCCAUGUAUUACGAGAGACAUGAGUUUCAGAAGCGCUUUUCGCUAUUCUGGGUUGCUGGUCUCGUGGCGGGAGCCUUUGGUGGUCUCCUUGCUUAUGCUCUUUAUCACAUGCACGGGCUGGGAGGUUAUUCUGGAUGGCGUUGGAUCUUCAUCAUCGAAGGUCUCCUGUCCAUUGUAUGUGCAAUACCAGCCAAGUUUCUGAUUGCAGACUGGCCCGAUCAGGCCAAGUUCUUAAGUUUGGAAGAAAAGCAACUGCUCAAGCAACGGAAAGCCCACGAUGUUGGAGACGGAGCAAGAAUGGAUCGUCUCGAUGCCUCUGCUUGGAAGCGUAUCAUGUCCGAUUGGAAAAUAUAUGUUGGAAGCAUGAUCUAUAUUGGCAUAACUGUCUCGGGAUAUGCGACCUCGCUGUUCAUUCCAUCGAUAGUGAAGUCACUUGGAUAUUCUGGUAUACAGAGUCAGAUCCACAGCAUCCCAGUUUGGGUCGUUGCUGCAGUUGUCACGUUGAUUGUGUCAUACCUGACCGAUCGUUUGAAGCAUAGGUAUGGUUUUAUGAUGUUUGGAAUUGUCUUUGCUAGCAUUGGAUACAUAAUCUUGCUGUGCCAAGGUCCACUAUCUGGUGGUUUGAAUGUGCAUGUUCGGUACAUGGCAGUGUUCUUCGUGACCACCGGUUGCUAUAUUGUCCAGCCCGUGGCAAUCGUUUGGAUGGCAAACAAUUUGGCUGGUCAUUAUAAACUUGCCAUCGGCCUAGCUAUUCAAAUUGGGUUCGGCAACAUUGGCGGUAUUAUCGCGAGUAAUAUUUUCAACUCCGAUGAUUCCCCUCGAUACUUUGUCGGAUAUGGUGUCUCACUGGCCAUGAUGGUGUUCUGUGGAAUUAUGAGCACUAUCUUUGCCGCUGGUUUGAUGAUUGAGAAUAAGAAGAGAGACGAGGGAAAGCGCGAUGAUCGACUGCAACUAGAUAAAAAUGUUCUCGAUAACCUUGGUGAUGAUGACCCAAGAUUUCGGUUCAGUCUGUAGUCCUGGAAAUGGGGAUAUUUUGUCAGACAGGUCUUCGAAGCCAAUGUUGUAUCUUAAUAAACAAAAAAAGACGAAGAAAACUGAAUACUUACCUGAAAGGUCAUUUGAGCGAGAAUUUUGCUAAAUAAUAUAUAUACAAC